AUGCAGCCAUCCAAACUCUGCCGCUUUAUACGUAUUACUCAUUGGUUAAAGCACACUGCAUGUUUCUUUAUCAUUUGUAAUUUCUUUCAGGAACUUGAGAAGAUUGGGUUAGGAGAUGCUGUUGAUUUGCAUGUGCAUGAAGUUCCAGUUGAAUAUCAGACUGUACAAAGGUUAAUCCCAGAUCUAUGGGUGAAAUACAAUCCUGAGCUCAUUGUUCAUGUUGGAGUUUCUGGUAUGGCUACAAUGGUGACAUUAGAGAAAUGUGGACACAACAAUGGAUACCAUGGCCUGGAUGUUCGCCAGUUUUGUCCAGAUACAGAGUGUUGUGUGGACGGAGGACCAGAAUGCUUACACUCUGUUAUAGACAUAGAUACUGUUUGCAAGAAAGCAACAGAAGCUGGAAUGGAUGUCCACUUUACAGUGUCUUCAGAUGCGGGCAGAUACCUGUGUGACUUCACCUAUUAUACCUCUUUGUACGAGAGCCAGGGCAAAUCUGUGUUCAUCCAUGUGCCUCCUCUAGGAAAGCCGUAUACAGCUUCACAACUGGGCCGUGCUUUACAGACCAUUUUAAAUAUUAUCUUGGACAUGCUGGAGCAAUCAGAAGACCAUAUCACUUGCCAUCAAAAACACUGA